AUGACAUUAGAAAAAGCUGUUGAAAGGAUCAUUCCAUUAGUUUCAGAUCUUGCAGAUCAUGUUGCUCGAGCUAAACAAAGUUGCAAUCAAAACUCAGCUCUCAUAACAUGGGAUGAAUCAGCAGCAAUUUAUCUUUACUCAAUGCAAACAGGUUUUUUUCCCAUGCUCAACAAAGCGCUUCGAGAUGAAAAUCGACAUGUUUUGAAACCAUGGUUCGCCUAUUUGAAAUUAUUUAUUACUGCUCUCGAGAAAUUACCAUCACUCGAGAUAAGGGUAUGGCGAGGAGUUGCGGACAAUGUUACCUCCAUCUAUGUACCGAAUAGUGUGCAAACUUGGUGGAGUGUGAAUUCAUGCUCAACAGCUCUCGAUGUCGUUCAAGCUUUCAUGGGGGAAAAUGGAACAUUGUUUGCCAUUGAUGCGAUUCAUGCCAAAGAUGUAUCCGCCUACUCGGCAUUUCCACAGGAGCAAGAAUUUAUUCUUAUGCCUGGAACUAAAUUACGUAUGAAGAGUAAUUCAUUCAACUUCGAAAAUCGUCUGUUCAUCGUCGAUUUGAAA